GGGCACUCGGCCUCGCGCCGCCCCCAGCCCCUCUCCCCACCCUGCUGCCCGCUGCUCUGCGCCCGCGGCUCAGAGCGCCUGCCAGCCAUGACCGGAGCGCCUGCCCUAGCCCUGCUGCUGCUGGGGCAGCUCCUGACGGCCACCUCCGCGCAGAAAGUGGGACCUCGAGGCCCCCCUGGUCCCCAAGGGCCUCCUGGAAAACCCGGCAAGGAUGGCAUCGAUGGAGAAGCUGGCCCUCCAGGUCUGCCUGGCCCUCCAGGACCCAAAGGGACCUCAGGGAAGCCGGGGAAGCCGGGAGAGGCAGGACUGCCAGGACUGCCUGGUGUAGAUGGUCUGACAGGGAGAGAUGGACCCGCAGGACCCAAAGGUGCCCCGGGAGAACGGGGAAGUCUAGGACCUCCAGGGCCACCAGGACUUGGAGGCAAAGGCCUCCCUGGACCUCCUGGAGAGGCAGGAGUGAGUGGCCUCCCAGGUGGGAUUGGUCUACGUGGCCCCCCGGGACCCUCUGGACUUCCAGGCCUGCCUGGCCCCCCAGGACCUCCUGGACCUCCUGGAAACCCUGGAGUCCUCCCUGAAGGUGCUACUGAUCUGCAGUGUCCUGCCAUCUGCCCUCCAGGCCCUCCAGGGCCCCCAGGAAUGCCGGGGUUCAAGGGGCCUACUGGCUACAAAGGGGAACAAGGAGAAGUCGGCAAAGAUGGUGAGAAGGGUAAUCCUGGCCCCCCUGGACCUCCAGGAAUCCCAGGCACUGUGGGGCUACAGGGCCCAAGAGGAUUGCAAGGACUUCCAGGGCCACUUGGACCCCCUGGGGACCGGGGUCCCAUUGGGUUUCGGGGCCCCCCAGGGAUCCCAGGAGCACCUGGGAAAGCGGGUGACAGGGGUGAUAGGGGACCAGAAGGGUUCCGUGGCCCUAAGGGUGACCUGGGCAGGCCUGGUCCCAAAGGAAUCCCUGGAGUGGCUGGGCCAGGCGGAGAACCAGGCAUGCCAGGCAAGGAUGGCAAGGACGGUGUGCCGGGACUUGACGGUGAGAAGGGAGAGGCUGGUCGCACUGGUGCCCCAGGAGAAAAAGGCCCCAAUGGGCUGCCGGGGCUCCCUGGACGAGCAGGGUCCAAAGGCGAGAAGGGAGAAGUGGGUAGAACUGGGGAGCUGGGCGAGGCUGGCCCCUCUGGAGAACCAGGUAUUCCUGGAGACGUUGGUGUUCCGGGGGAGCGUGGCGAGGCUGGUCACAGGGGCUCAGUGGGGGCCCUCGGCCCACAAGGUCCUCCUGGGGCUCCUGGCAUUCGUGGCUUCCAGGGCCAAAAAGGCAGCAUAGGAGACCCUGGCCUUCCAGGCCCCCAAGGCCUACGGGGAGAUGUGGGUGACCGGGGUCCAGGAGGUGCCACAGGUCCUAAGGGAGACCAGGGCAUCGCGGGUUCUGAUGGUCUUCCAGGGGACAAAGGAGAGCUGGGUCCUAAUGGCCCCGUUGGACAAAAAGGAGAGUCCGGCAGCCGAGGGGAACUGGGCCCCAAAGGCAUCCAGGGCCCCAAUGGUACCAGUGGGGUCCAGGGUGUGCCUGGUCCCCCAGGUCCACUGGGCUUCCAAGGCGUGCAGGGUGUCCCAGGCAUCACGGGGAAACCUGGAGUUCCGGGCAAGGAAGCCAGUGAACAACGCAUCAGGGAGCUGUGUGGGGGGAUGAUCAGUGAGCAAAUUGCACAGCUGGCUGCACACCUGAGGAAGCCCUUAGCACCAGGCUCCAUUGGCAGGCCUGGUCCAGCUGGCCCCCCAGGCCCUCCAGGCCCCCCAGGCUCCAUUGGCCACCCUGGCGCUCGGGGUCCUCCUGGAUACCGUGGUCCCACUGGGGAACUAGGAGAUCCUGGACCAAGAGCUACUGGUGCAAGCUGUGGACAGUCUGCUGAAAGACCGCUGGGGCAUCCAUCAGACACAACCUGGGGGUUGUGAUGGCCUACUGGGUGAACCGAUGGGCACCAACCUUUUCCAAAGCCUGUUGGAAUUCAUGCAACUUCUCAAGCUUCAUGUUGCCCCAGAGACAAGGUUGAAGCCCCUGAUUCCACCCUGUUCGGAUGGAUUAGCCAAUAGCUUCCUGCUUCCCAAAAGCAGCUUUAAGGGAAAAAAAAUCUGUAUGGGAAGUGAUUCUCUGAGUCCCUCAUCCUCUUCAAGGUUAAACUUAAAAACUCUGGUAUGCAAAUGGGCUUGGUAUAAUUUGCACAUCAUUUUCACCCGUUUUUAAAAUCCUUAGAGAUUAAGGAAUUUCAACACUAGAGAGCAAACUGGAGAAUUCAUCUUGUCUCAGUGUAGUGUCUGUCCCAAGUCUACUUUCCAAUGACUGUUUUCUCUGCCACUCCUCCAGAGUAUGGCCUCCGUAGGCAACCUGUGCCAUCUGGUGUCAUGUGAGUGACUGCCAUUUCGAAAAAUGUGUAGGAUUUCCAAAUGGGCAUUUGAAUCCUUGUAGGCUAAAAAUAAAACUUAGAGCCUCAUGUGCUGGUAUAGAUCCUCCGAGGAAACCAGUGUGACAGUAAAGGCCAUGGUCGGGACUAAGGAUCCAGGGAGCCGGCUGGGAUGGCCAUGCAAGCCUGCUUUCUGUUUGAAGGUGGGCAUUGCCACACUCACACUCACUGUCCAGUCUGUGUGAGGCGCUGGGGCCUUUGUUUUCAAGUGUGUAUCAGGAUGCCGAGAGCCCACUGUGGAGAAUGGAUGUGUAAAUUAGACCUUUUCAAACACCAAGCAGUAUGGUCACUGCUGUACCAAGAUCCCCUUGGAAGCACAGUGUAGAAUUGAGACCCACCCCACGGAACCAUUGAGCUGUCAGGCAUUAAAGCUCACACACUGGGGCAGCCUCUCCAGGCAAUAGCACCACUCCUAACAGCAGCAGAAAACAGUAGCAACAAAGUAGCAACCGCCUUAAGACUCGAACCACGACCACACCUGCAUGUGCUGCUGUCCUAGAACUCAGAGAUGCCAGAAAACCACCCCAGCUGUGUCUCACUGGAGGUUGUUAGCUUUUUGCCUUUGCUGUUCUUAAGGUGCUGGAAUUUAAGAUGGGGCCUCAUGCAUACUAGACGGGUGCUUUAUCAUGGAGCAGUAGCCCCAGACCCUUGUAACCAUAACUAGACCAAAACACAGGUGAUGGAAUUAAACACUUAGGGGAUAUUUAAAAACACUGUAGCCCACGAUGUGAUCCCAGCACUUGAAGGACUGAGGCAGGAGGAUCACUGAGUUGGAAGUCAGCAUGAGCUGCAUAAUGAGCUACAGGCCUGGACCACAGACUGAGAGUUUUAUCUAAAAAAAAAAAUAAUAAUAAAGCAUUCUUUGAUAAGCCAUGGGUCCAAACUCAUCUUGAAAACAUGUAUACCAUGUAAUGUGAUUGUUUCAGAGGCAUAAAUAGUUUCAACAAUACUAAAAUUCCACCAGUGAUUUUGGAGGUCAGGGUGGUAUCGGCUAAUGUGUUGGGGAUGUAGGCGGGCUAACUCUGGUCAGACUUCCACUAAGCUGCAUUUUGGUGAACAGCCUCACUUCAGGAAAUGCUUACAAGAGCAGCAAGCUCUGUGGAAAUGAGAUGGGAAAUGCCAGCGCUGUGGGCGGCCAUCUGCUCUAACCUGCC